GCCAUCAGAGUUGGACGAUUAUUAGUAAUGCUAGCAGUGUGGCAGGAAGUUUACGCUUGUUACAUAAAAAUUGUAAAAGAAAAAAACUCCUCUUACUGCUACCUGUUUUGUGUUUAAUGUCGGUUGACAGGAGCAGAGGGUGUUAGAAAACGCAUUCUGAGUCGGGGCUGCCAGUGAAAAAUUAAUGCUAAAUUUUUCAACAUAGUGAUAGUUCUGAACGAGUGGAGAGCAUAAGUAUCUCAUCGGUCUUUGACUUCCCGUAUUAGUGGAAAGCAAAAUUGUAGUUUUAUUGUGUUUCCCUCAUCAAAGGAUCUGCAUGAAAAAGAGCUGCUAAACGUGAAUAUCUUUUGGUUUGGUUUCGUGUCAAAUCCUAGCGAGAAAAAAAGGGAUGCUUGGUAACACAGAAAUAAUUCAUACAAUGAAAAAUGUCACAUGAAACCUAGAGAUCGAUGAAAACCAAUUGAGAAAAAAAAAUGGAAUCAGUGAAAGUGCUAUGGUCGUUUACCAGACCUAAAAAUCGUCGUCCAAUUAGGAUUCACUAAUAAGUGGCUAGUGGCGUCAGCGGAACUGGAGCGGUGGCGAGAGAAAAUAUGCCCUCUCCAUUCGAUGUUUAGGCCUACGUGGAUUUUAUAGUUGAAAAAAUACAUAUCAAACCAAAUGCCUCAUUUAGCAAAAUAGCACAUUAAUAAAUAGUGUAUGUGUGGAGAGUGAAUAGAAGAGAUGUUUAGCUUUAAAGUAGAAUAAUAAGUUUGGAAGUUUAUCUUUGCGAUAAAUUUUAAUUCCGAUACAUAUCAAAUUGUGGCUUUAAAAAUGAUUAAGUGGCUGUUUGUGAGACUGAUUGGAAAGUGAAAGCUGAGAAAAAUUAUAUCAAAUAAAAAAGUGCUAGUUGAAGUGUCGCCCUUCGGGCAAACGCAUAUUUUUCUGUAGAUGCGUAAGAGAUGAGAGCUAAUAGAAUGCCACUUAAUCUGUAUGCAUGAUUAUGGGUUGAGUGUCAAUGUAACACAAUAAGAAAAAAGUGAAUAAGUGAAAGUUGAACGCCAAAUUGCAUCUUGCCACCCAAAGUGCAGUUCCGCAAAACAGUCUUUCGUUCCUGAUGUACUCUCGCGUCCGAUGGAACCUAGGAAAACGGAAAAACUAGGAGAGCAUUAUCACAGAUCACACUGAUGCCCACAAAACGACGCAGUGAUCAAUUGAAGGAUUGUUUCGUUCCGGUGCCAUUGGAUAUUCUAUGGUUACCCAAGGCGGCUAUGAGGCCCAUCGGGCCAGCAGACACUUCCCACUCAGAGUGCGUUCUCGUUGUAGGCGUCUGCCGUCCUAAGCUAGCGGCUUUAUUCUUAUCUGUUAUGUUGCUAUCGCUUCUUCUCACGUUUCAUAUUUUGUAUGAUAGCGCAGUUUAUAGUAUUCAGGCUGCAACCGCUAUAUCCGAAAACAAGAUUGCCAUACUAACAAAUCACAUUCCUAACCCACCGGUGAUUAAUCAUCCUGUGGUGUUUCCAAAUAGGAUCCAUUUCCCCAAGACCAGCAGACGACUUCCGCAAUGCCUAAUAAUUGGAGUGAGAAAAUGUGGUACACGGGCUUUGCUGGAGAUGCUUUAUCUGCACCCGCGAAUUCAGAAAGCAGCAGGCGAAAUCCACUUCUUCGACCGCGACGAAAACUAUCUCAAAGGACUGGAAUGGUACCGGAAGAAAAUGCCCCACUCUUUCCGCGGUCAGAUUACCAUCGAGAAAAGUCCAAGCUACUUUGUGACGCCCGAGGUCCCUGAGCGCGUACGAGCGAUGAAUGCCACAAUAAAACUCCUACUGAUAGUACGUGAACCAGUGACGAGAGCGAUAUCCGAUUAUACGCAGCUUAGGAGCCACGCGGCUACAGCAACUCUACCGCAGCAGCAGACUUUAUCUUCCACAUCCCCUUUAUCCAGGUCUUUUGAAGAUCUUGCUAUACUACCCAAUGGAACUGUAAACGAGGCAUAUCGACCGCUGGCAAUAUCGCAGUACCAUAUCCAUGUGCAUCGAUGGCUGGAAGUAUUUCCACGAGAACAACUUCUGGUUGUGAACGGUGACCAGCUAAUAGAGGAUCCAGUGUCGCAGCUUCGGAGGAUCGAGGAUUUUUUAGGAAUCGAGCCCCGAAUUGGAAGCAAUAAUUUCUAUUUCAACGAGACGAAAGGUUUCUACUGUCUGCGCAACGAAACCGGAGAUAAGUGCCUGCGGGAGACAAAAGGACGUAAGCAUCCUCGGGUCGAUCCGGUGGUAGUGUCAAAAUUGCGUAAGUUUUUCGUCGAACAUAAUCAAAAAUUCUACGAGUUAAUUGGUGAGGAUCUCGGGUGGCCAGAGGAAUGAAGCAGUAUAGGGAAGCGGUACAGUGGAGAUGCAUCGCAAUGGAACGUGCAAUGAGCACAAUGUAAGAAAAAAGGUUGGGAAAAGUCAGCGGUGAGUAUGAAACAGAACUGAACUAAAAUGUAGAUACCAUCUAAUAACAUUGUGUAAGACAACAAUCGUCCUGAAAGGAUGUAAAGCAAACAAAAAGUAAUAUCGCGGGACUACAAAACUGGUUAUAAGCGAACACGCUUCUUGUACUAGCAAAUGUUUCAAAAACGGUUAGAUAGGAACUAAUUAUUAAAAUGAUAAUGCUUUUGAUUUACGAUCUGCAGAGAGACAAAAGUGGCGGUGCACUUUGUGAUGGUGAAAUAUUGCGGUACCAGCUUAAACGUUUACCUGUAUUAAUCCAAAUUAUAAGCCUCCAUCCUUGCUUUCACGCUUCAGUCUUCACGCAGCGGGAGUACAGACGACAUUACGAGAAUGGUAAACUAAGACAAGAUUUCUCCGUUGUUCAAAGUUCGCAGCAAAUCGUUAAAACGAGAACACGCAGAAUGUUGUAGAUAUAACAGUCAAGGUGAAUCUCCAACAAAUAUCAGAGGCUCCGUGGUUGCAGUCAAAGGAGCACGAAUGGUGGAGACUGAAAACAACGUUUCAUUUAAUUUUAAUGAGCGCAGCAAUUGCGAGUUUGUCGGGGUCUUUGAAUGUAAUUGAUACAGUAGAAUAGCAAAGAUGCAAUGCUUAUUGUAAAAGAGAGAUGGGUACUUUACCAUACGUUCUACCUGGUUUGUGUUUUAAAAUUAUUACCAAAGAUUCACGUAAUUAUUAUAUUUUCAAUUUAUUAAUGAAGAAGUUUACCAAUUAUUUUGACAUUGCUGAUCGUAUUUCUCGCUGUCAAUUUUCUAUCAAUCCUUUGGCAUUCUACAAUACUUUUCUUCUCACGAUUUUCCCUUCAAAAACAAAUGUGCAUACUGUCUGCCUUCAUUAAUGAAACAGAACAAAACAUGGCUUGAACAGUUAUUUCCUAGAAAAAGCAGUCGCUUAUUCUAGUAUGGAAUAAAUAUACAGAAUAAUUAUCGAAAAGGUUAUUCAGUAGUGCUUUUUGUAGUAGUAUUGCGCUCCAUGGUUCAGUCAGAACAGCAUUUCUCGUUGCUAGUGUGCUGCUUUCUGACCUGAAUUUUCCUAUCGGAAGUGAAUUCCCCCUAAUGUCGGGGUGCAGAAGGUGCUUUUUUCUGCACCUGCUGCUACUUUUGCUACAUGCUGUUGAUAUACCAUAGCACUAACAAGUGGAAGAUUUGAUGUGUUUUGAGUGUGGGAGUUAUCACGUGAUGUGGUAAUGAUUUCCUGUUGUUUUAGAAGUUCUCGAUGAGUGCCUGUCCGGCAGCACAUUGCACGUUGGUAAAACACUCAACUCGAAGAAACGUAGGGUCGAUGUGCAAGUAUAGAGUUUGGAACGAGCUACUUAAUGGAACCUUCAGGUUCAAAUGACAACUUUUGGUAAACACACAUCAAUAUAGGUACCUAUCUGGGUGUUUCUAUUUUACAAUAUGGAAGCACGUAAUUUGGAUACUCAUUUUCGAUUUACCCUAUAACGAAAUUUCUAUGGAAACGAAAGGUUGAAGCAACACGUACAUUGUGAAUUACAAUACGAGCAUUUGCCUAAACCAAUGCACCCGUUGUGCCCGGAUGAACGACGAUGGUUAGCACCGAAGACAGCCCAAAAUGCAUAUUUCUACAAUCUUAUCGGGCACAUUUUCAACCACAUCACGCGAACUUGUUAUUCACUCGGUAAUGAAAUUCAUCUGUCUUGACGCUUUGCCCUUCUAUUUGGAGCAAUGUUACAUAAAUUGUUCCUUGAAAGCUUCUCUAGCCAUGCACUGCAGGAACUUGCUCGUAACAAGGACAUCAGAGGAUGCAGCCCGAGCUAAGCAAAAAAGCGUGCUUGGAUAGGAAUAGUGACUGUGGGACGAGGAGCUUAGCAGUCACGAAGUCAGUCAACAGUUAUUCUUCCCGGGCAACACGUUCCAAUUUGGAAUGUACCAUUAGUUGGGAGUUGUACACAAGGCCAGGUUAGUCAAGGAUGACACGUACCUAUGGCACACACUGUAAUCGUAACGUUCCUAAUCGUAAUGGUUUUUUAAUUCAACAAGGCUGACCACCAAGCUUUUUCUCAUCUUUACAUGGACAUUAACUAAUUCUAGAGUCCAUCUCUCCAACAGAAACGUACGCGACGGUUUUAAUUAUUUUCUUUGCGUUCGCAUGUUGGGUAGCCGCAGGCAAAAGAAACACAGAAAUCGAACGGAAGCGGUGGAAACACUCAUGCGUAGAAUCAACAAUUUCUUUUCCUAAAAAUUCAGCUUCGUCAUUGCUUUUUACUCUCAGUUUUUUACUAGCAGCAAUUGUGGCACUAGGUAAUGUUGGUUGUGUCGGCAGUUUCCAUGAAUGCAUUUUCGAUGCAUGGUAGAAUUGUAAACGCUCGUGCGGUGUGAUAAUAUCACGUACAGCUCUUCAAUGGAUAUGCGUUGAAGGAUUUUAUUGGUCAAUAUUCAGCUUGUUGGAAAUUAUAUAAUAUUCGCUAUCCGCGGGAUGGUAUUGUUUUUUUUUUAUUUUACUUUAUUGUAUUUUAUUUUAUUUGUUUUAUUGGAGAAGAAUUUGUGGACUAUCUAUUUGAAACACAUAUUAUUUGUUUUAUGAAAUUUAGCAGAUCAAUUUGUUUAUUAUUUCGCUCAAAAUAUCAACAACUAGAACAAUCCACUGGGUAUAUAUGUGAUGGAUUACUCGUACAUUUAACAGCUGUCUUCUAGACUAUUUGAUUGUUUUGUCUAAAUCCAAAUGUACUGCGUUAUGUUGCGGUUUGCAGCAGGGUUUGCAAAGCAAGUUGUUUUUUUUUUUGUUUUAGAUUGUUUGUCGUGGUGUCCUUGAUUUGAUCACAACACAGAUCAAAUAUCAACACUAUGGAUCAUACGACUGGUUCUCAACGUCUCCAGGCAGAUUUGUCCCUUACCGUCCCCGCCUUUCAAACAUUUAGACCAGGAGAACUGGAAGAAACAGCAUGGAAAAUAGUUCAGAAGUAAAUACUUGUACGCUAUAAAAGAUAUGCUUAACUAUCCGUUAAACCUUGAACAACGUAAAUAAUACAAGGCUUCCAUUUCAUCUCCUGUUAACAGAUGUUUUGCACUUCCAGGCGGGCAUGUUAAUGGUCACAGUAGAACAACUUUUCACUGCAAUAAUCGUCGUCUUUUGCUUGACGGUGGCAAGGCUCACUGUCUAAUUACAUUCGUGAACAAACAUAUCAAACGAGUAUUCGCCGCCACGACAUUUUUCUCUCUCAACGUAUUUUGAUUUUGACAAUUCUUUCUAGAAAUGAGAAUUACUCACGUUGUGUGCGGAGAUUUUGGAAAUUACUUAUAUCAGAAACAAAAACGAAUGACAGUGUGCAUCCUUUCGAUGCGCGAGUUUUAGUCGACCAUUUUUUCUAUAUGCGAGAGCCGAAGAACGUUCUACAUUUUUCCUCUUUUGUGCUGUGUUUCUGCUGCUCGCAGAAAAACUAACACACACUUGCUGCUGACUCCACAGCUGAACGAAACAAGAGUGGUGAAUCACACUAGGGAGAAUACGCAGAAGCUGGCUUCGAAAUGGUCACCACUUUUCACUGCGAUAAUCGUCUUCUUCUGCCUCUGCCGCUACCAAGGCUCGCUGUCUUAAUACAUUCCUGAACAAACAUGUCAAACGAGUACCGCCACCACGAUGUUUUUUUCCUCAAACUUAUUUUGACAUUUUUUUCUAGAAAUCGCCAAACGAAUGACAGUGUGCAUCUCUUUGAUACGCGAGUGUCGAAUGACCAUCCUUUUCUUUGUUUGAGAGGCGACGGUUGUUUUACAUUAACGAGCCAAAGCCUACUGCCGCUAAGGAAGCGAGAUCAAAUGAAAAUGCUGUCCGUUUCGAAGCCUGAGCAGAAGUACGCCGCGGGGUGCACUGCUGAGAUAAAUUCUAUAGCAUUCGAAGAGCAUACAUGCGUGACGGGCGGCUGGAUUUUUUUCAGUUUCGAGAUACAAAUCACACAACGCAAUUUACUUUUCUAGCUGGAUGCUCUCCUCAUUUGAUAUAUGCUUGAGAGACACACAGUAAAUGCUCUGCAGUGAAUUCUGUUGUGUAGUUAUGAAGCGUAAUGACCUUUCGUAUGAGAAAGCUCACACCAGUUUAUAAUCUCUCUGUAGAGAAAUUUACGAUUCCACCGCGGUGUUUUUUUAUGCUCGGCAGAGAUACAGACGAUUCGCUGCUCUCUUCAAGUAGAUGCUUCGCUUUGCUCACCAGUUUGAGAGCAGUUGUUUUCACAGUGAAAGAUAAUAUCAUAAACGGUAGUGUUUCUCUGAGGAUAAAAGACAAGUCUGUGUGCCAUGUGCCGUUUUAAAUGCAUGCAUUUCACUAAACAGAUUUUUAACACAAAUGUCUUAAUGAAUAGGUGAAGUGUUUCUGAAUUAUUUGGUAUAAUAACUAGCAUAUUUUUUCAAUUGCGAACCAGUAAAUGAACCUAAAAUUCAUUUUGAAUAGCAGCGACUAACCAAUCACGACCUUGAAUUGUGUUUGUGAUGUUUAUUUUAGGUCCUUAGCUGCGCAAAGUUUUUAUUCCGUAUGUCAUUCCUCUCACACACGCAGCAAAAUAGCACGCAUCGUGUCGUGUUCUGUUCGUGCAGACGUUGACUAAUGACAGACAUGAGUCUAGACUUAGAAAUUCUGCUGUGUCGAGCUAUAACCGUCUUUUUAAGACUAAAUGAUAUAACAUUUUUAAUAAAAUGUUGUCCCUAUCAGGACCACUACAAAUAUAAAUGAAGAGUUUGAUGAAUUGUAAUUUACGUAGCCCUACGUCAACUAUGUGGUCAUGUCUUGGAUACCACCCUUCACUUUUUUUCAUUCAGAAGUUGGUAUGCUAAUUUAUACCCAUGAUUUGCAAUUAAGACAUACUACCUUGCUGUCAAUGUCUAUUUACCUAGAAUGCCAUUCUCAACUCAAAACAAAAAAUGGGGCAUUCAUAAAUCGACAAUCGACUUGUGUAAUCAUACACAAGUAAGUUACUAGCUAAGUAGCGCUUUGCCUUCAUCUUUGCGAAGGAAAAAAAUUCUUCCUCCCGCGCUUACUUUUGACACAGAACAGAUCGAUAUUUUAAGUAUCGACAUCUAGCGGUGGAGAGGACGCAUUUUACACUCAAAGUUUUAUCAUACUUAUACCAUUCAUACCUGCUCGUGGUGAAGAAUUGUUUCGAGCUAACACCAGCAUACGUGCAACGUUUUUUAUGUACAUAUUAUUUUUAUGAAUUUCAUUGUUGCCCGAGUUGAAAACCGUAUAUCUUGACUAACAACAAUAGUUUUCUUUACAUUGUACCUACUGUGCCGUGUAUAGCGCGUCUAAUAUGCAUUACUUGCAAUGUUAGGUAUAAUAAACGGUACAAGAAAAAAAAAUUGUCGUUAGUCGAGAAAUUCGGUUUCCAACUCCAACGAAAAUAAUCAAUUAAUUCAACUAACUUAAAAAAAAUUUGUUUGUUAAUUUGUUAAGUAAUGUUUGAAUGGUUAAGAGAUUUUUAGUUCAAUUUCUUCUAUUCAUUUUAAUUAUGAAUUGUUACUGAAUUUCCGCUUAAAAAAUCUCUUGAAUGUGGUCCUGUCUUAACUUGAUUUUGAUAGAUUCAAAAUCACCUUUUUGUCUGGUCAUUGAAGCAAAAAAAAAGAUUUUUGUUGCAUGUUCAAACUAUUAGAGCAAACUUAUCGAACGAUGCACUGUAAAAUCAAUGUAGGAUAGAACAACGAAAAACGAAUGCGACAGCGUGUGCUAUUAUUUGCAGCAGAGUUCUGUUCCAAGUUGCAUAUCUGUUAUGUGCUUUUGAUCAAACCGUUAUAUCAUAUUUUUCAAACUUUGAUUGAGGGCAUAUUUUAACAACACAAACCGUCCAAAAUUGCGGCGAAUAACACGUUAUCAAAUACAUCGGCCAUGUCGAGAAAACUUUGUAGACAAGAUUUCUAUUGAAAAAAAGAAUCUAUCACGACACAUACAGACCGAUAUAGGGUAACGGGGGUAUUUUGGCCCACAUGCAUAUUUUGGCCCACCCGGUAACAUUUCACGCAUUUUAUCUGAUAAAUUCAAUGAAUAUUAGAAAACUAUGCAUGCAACAUCGAAUAACACACCUAAGAAUCAUACUACACUAUAAUUUUCGGCGAAAAACUGGCUCUAGGUUGUGUUAUUUUGGAAUUGAUUCAUACAUAUUCAAAGUCAUGGCUGAGUCAACACAAAGUCAAGAGGAAGUGGUAAUAUACAAGUCAACGUCCGGAAGCUAUUGUAACAAAUAUGUAUGCUUUUGAAACAAUUCUUUGUUGUAGUAACAUCAAUAAAAUGUCAGAGAAACAGUUUGUAUACUCUAACAUGUUGGAAAAAGUUGAAAAAGUGAUUAAACGCAUGGCCGAAAUAUGUUUGCCUUUUUCUGAAGCAAACAUGUUUUGGCCAUGCCAAGUUUUGACAUCUCCCUUAAUUACCGUUCGGCCGUUGCACGUGAACAUAGAAGCAGCUUGUGACAAUUUACAGGUAGUUACUUCUUAAUUUAUCACAUUUAACGAUAUGAAAUUGGAUGAGAAUGCCUGUCAAACCGCUAUAAGCCAAAUCAUUUCAUUUUUAGAUGCCUAUAAUUCACAGCAGAAGGAUGUUCUCCUCAAACCCACUAUUUUUGCUCUAAAAAUACCGAUGAUGAUCUUAAAUAUAAUUAGUCCGAACUAUUUCCAUGCACGUCUGUAGAUAUCAAAGUGUGCCAAAAUAAAAAUUUAGUGGACCAAAAUAUGUUUUAUAAAAUUUUGAUAUUUCUAGGAUAUUUUUCAAUAUAUUGCAUUGUUGAACGGUGUAUAUUAAAAUAGACACUUAGCUUUUAACAAUGGUAUAAUAUAGUAGGUAUUUAUGUUGAAAAAUUGUGUUUGUUUUUAAUGUUUUUAAUGUAUUGAGCGAACACUUCCCAAAGCUGGCCAAAAGACCCCCGUUACCCUAAUAAAUUACUCGCAUAACGCAAUUCAAUUGGGAUGAUGUACUAAUGUUUCUUGUGGUGAGAGGGAAUAAACUCUAUAUGCACCAAGACAUUUGUAUGGUAUAAGGAGCGAAGUUGCACAUGGCUGACUCAAUCUCCGUAAACAUUUCGAGACUCCAAACUAAUACCUAUAGUUCAUUGCAAGAUGACGUCACAAAAAAGAGAAGAAAAAAAAUGAAAGAUUUGAUAUUUCAGGAAGGUUUUUACAUGGACUUUCAGCCUAGCGCUUUUUACUAUCCGGUAGUAAGGAAUUCGCGUAAGCGGAGAGUUGUCCGAUCUUUUUCGUAUUCAUAUCAAUUGUUUUUACUUCCAACACCACAAACGAUUAAUCAAAUAGUAGGAGGGUGGUAUCCAAGACACGACCGCAUAGUUGACGUAGGACUACAAUAGUUUUAUAUUUCCCUUUGAGGCUCUGUUUGAUUUGUGCUCGUUUUACUUUUGGCACGGUUAAAUUUUGGCACACAUGUGCCAAAAACGAGCGAUCAUGUCUAAUCACAUUUAUUAGUUUUCUUGAUUAUUUCAACCAGUUUAAGCUCAACAUCCUCCAAAAGAAGGGUAUUUUGGUUUUUUAUGUUGCCGAAGCAGAUGACCGGAAUCGGUCAAACGGUUCCUGGAAUAUGACCGGAACAUGUGCCGGUAAUAUAAUGAUCAUGAUCUAAGCAAUACUAAGUCUCUAAUUACUAGGAUAGUAAUAUCAAGUAUCUAGGUCGUCAGCCUUUAUUCAUGAAGCGACACCUCAAACGAUUCGGAACUAAAACUAGUUCAUUGGUGGAAAUAUCUAUGAAAAAAUCAUGAAAAGGGAACCGUUCAUUUUUGGCAUGGUUCAAUCUUAACAACAGGAAAAUUCUGCCGUGUCGCGUUUGACAAAAUCGAACUGGGUCUGUAUUUUGAUAAUUUAUUUGCAGCACUUAUAUUCUCUUUAACAUUGAUGAAUGCCAUUUAUUCUAGUACAGUCAAUUUUCUUCAAUACGCGAAAAGGCAAGCUUCUAUACAGACCUAAAUUAAGUACGAUUUAGUAGAAAUUAAACAAUAUUUAUAUGUCUUGUGAACGAUGGCUCACUCUCCAAUCACCAAGCGGCAAAGCUGUCACAUAAUAAAAUCUUUCUGUAGUUACAAGUUCAUGGAAAAAAUAACGAUAAAGAAUUACAGUUUUUAAACGAAAAUGUAUAUUCACAGAAAAUUUAAAAUGGACAUGAGAAAAACACAGUGUAGAAUUCAAAAAUAAACAACGCAUUUUAUCUGUACAACGAACCUAAUUUAUAUACCCUGCGUCCUGCCUUUACCGACACGUGCAGAAUUUUGUUGUCCCCGGUGGAGCAGCGUAUUUUAGCGGCACCCGAAUGAUCAUAUUGAAUUCUGAUAUUUGCUACUAUACGAAACAAAAAGACAAUUCAAACAAACAAAUCAAACGGAUCCGAUUGUGUUCCAGUUCGCAAAACGAUACCUACGCGUUAACCCAACACGCCCGACUGUGCGUCGGCAGCGGCAAUUGUAGUCUUCACUUGGCUUGGCUGCACACCAUCGAAUAUCGAGUUCUACUGCACUGAUUGAUGACGAGUGACCAGCGCUCAAUUCAUACAUUGCCCGGUGCAGUACUGUUGCCUGUGCCAGCAUGUUUUCCUCCAAGACAUCAGUUUUAAUAACAUUCUAACAGCAGAACGUAAAACUGUCUGAUAGUGGAGGUGAUUACGAACUUUCCGAAAAAGCUUCACCUUCGAGACAUCAAAUCAGUCUAGGCUCAUGGAAGCGAACAUUAGUUGACCUAUUGGGACGGGGAGAUUCCUUCAAUUUUUUUUGCUACUGCUAUACAGGAUAUUACAGCAGACAGUUGGUGUCUACUCAUGAAGUCUGUGCCAGGCGUGCUCGCAUGUGAUUGGUACACUGUUCGUGAAAAUUCGACCUUGAAACUUUUAUGAAAUUUUCACUGUUUAACAAUGAAAUGAAAAUGAUAACUAAGGAAUCACAAAAUUGUCCAUCAUUUUACCAAUCAGACGACAUAUUGAUUAUUGUAAUCCGACAUGUGGUUACAUCAGUAUUACCGUUUGAAAUCUUUCAUUCCAACGUUACACCUUGGUUUUAGUUUCCGCAAAAUGUAUCUCGAUAUAGUGCGGUUAGACGUAGUCCUACGUCAAAAAAAAUGUAAAAUCUUGUAAAUCUCCCUGAACUGUAAAAAAAUGAAGCUUUUUUGUGUAUAAUGAUCUAUAAUAUCGUCUUUACCUUCUGAGAAGCACUCCGCAUCAUUUUCAGUUUCAGAGUCCGAACAACCCAGAAAAUUAUCAAGGAAGAGACUAACAGUGUUGAGAAGUCUCAUUAUUUACUAAUAUUUAUCAUAAAUGCUUAAGCUACUAACAAAUCCCCCCCUCUUAAAAAAAUCAAGGAAGAGAAAUUCAUGGAUUUCAUUGUCGUUUGAUCAACUUGCUACAAAAUGUUUGGAAACAUGGUUACCUGAACAUGACAUUUUGGAACCUACAGACAAUCUUGAGCGUUAAUCAAUAAAAUUCUCAAUGUGAAUAUGCUCAACUUGACCAUAAGAUGGCAUUCGUUUCUAUCGCACUUUUUUUUAAUAUGCCAACAUUUCAACGAAAUGUAUAAAAAUCAAGAUAAAAAAAUUAACCGAGAUGUCGAUUACUUGUCUGUAUAAAAGCAGUCGAGUGCGAUUGAAUUUUUUAAAAGAAAACAACGAACACUUGAGCAAUUUAUUUUUAAAAAAGGUCAGCGUUACCAGUUAACGUUUAAGGUUGAAACGAAAAAUCGAUACCUUCAACACACAAACUUUGCUACUCAGUUAAAAGUUGGAAGCAUUCGUACCAUUUCGCAUAAUAAAUACGCUUAAUCCGAUCGCCAACGCACUCCGCCUUCACUACGUAGGAAGGCAAGUGCCAUCAUUUUUAUCCCAAUAGCGAGACUAACAGUGUUGCAGAUUCCAACCCACGCAAUAGAAUGGAAAACUUUUGUUCAGUCACCCUCGGUGUUUCGUGCGCGUUCGCUGAUACAUGGUCUACGGUUUGGGUUCUAGAAGGGCUUCUUACUUCUAUCUGAUUUGUAUUGAGAAAAAAAAAAGAAUGUGGCGAAUUGGUGUACAAAAUAGGUUCCACCAAAAUCUUAUUUACAUAAAUUAUUGCGGACAUACCUUUUACAUGGACUUUUUUUUUUCUUCUAUACUUAUACAUAAGAAGUUAUCAUUGUCAGAAAACAAAAUACGUUCAAAAUCAAACAAUCAAUGCUGGAUUUUCUUACUGACCAACAUUGUAGAAACACAAGCCAUUGGAAUUAUGUGAAACUCGAUUAAGGAUUUUUGCGGUAUUAUUGCGAUUUUGUCAAGCUGGGCCGUGCCCUGAAGUGGUGCUUGCCUCAUGAAAUUACACUACGUUGAAUUAUAAUAUUAGCUGAUUUUUAGGUAUCGGUAUUGUGAAUUAACACCGUUCCUCACGCGUUCACUCGAAUCAGUGUAGUCUUCUUUUACGCUGGUUUCAUUUUCACGGUACGGCAGCAUCACAUAAUGGUAACCUAAAGUGUACAAUGUCUUUGAUUGUGUAUUGUGAAACAUGAAAGAAAUACGAUGGAUCUCGAUAAAGAACAACUCACUUGAAAUACACAAAUGAAACGGACAAUAAGCAUUUUUCUCAAGUCACCAACUGUCUGGUCUUUACAGCCAAGUGUAGUGAUCAUCCUUAGGCAUGGUGAAAGGGUAGGAAAGGGGAUGUGAGGGUUGUUGUUUCCUUAUCGUUCAAUAUGUCUUGCUUUCUCAUGGACAUACUUCGCGUUGUCAAUGGAACCAUCUGUGGAUUCAAGGAAUAAGUGGAGUUCUCCAUUUGUCGGAAUGUCACUUGGUUUUAUCUCCGUUUGAUCGUAAAAGUUCACCCUAGCUAUGAUUUUUGUUCUCUCACCAAAAAACUCACCUUCCUGAACUAAGAUUGUAUAACAUUUGAGCGAUUCUUUUGUUGUAUCAAUUAUAUGGCAACUCUGUCAAUACAUUUUGGUAAUACAGCGGAAGAGUUUGAUCCCAACAAACGAAUAUUAUAUUACAUGGAAAAUCGACCAUUACAUCGGAAAUAAACCGUUCUGCCAUAGUGGAUCAAUGUAGGUUUGAAAUAUCGUAAAACCAAAAAAUAUUCAUACGCUUAGAAAAGUUGUAUUUAUUUACCAAAAUGAUAGAACAGGUUACCAUACCAGCUACAAGGUUUUGUCAGUUAGUAGGUAUAUCGAAGGAAAUAUAUUCCCGUAUUUUGGGCCUCAAACCACGGUUCAAAAAUGUUCUCAAAAAUAAACCUAUAUAACACCAUCAACCGUGCGUCUCCACCAUAAACACAAAUCAUGGAGAUGGUGGUUCUUUCAUCUUUGCCACAUAUUUGGUUAUGAUUCGGUCGAAGCAGCAUCCAAUCAAAUCGAAAUUAAUUUCUACCAAUCAGGCUGAAGGUAAAUUUUUGUAGGAACAUAGUAGUAUUAUAAUAGAAAAAAAAUUGUUUCCUUCACAUUUACUUCACUUUCCGGUGUAAUUCAACCAUGGUGCAAUAAUUCAUCAGAUUUGCUUAUAGGUUAUUUUAUAAAUUUUAUAUACUACUUCUACCCGAUGGCAAACGGUUUUAUUAUUUACGAUUAGUUCCAGCACACCGACACAUUGAACACAAAUGUGUAUUUCUUUUUGUAAUGUUUCGUGGAACGAAUAUUUUUACUUUUCAUCGGACUACCAUUACUGGUUUUACGAUGGCUGCGAUGGUUGUUUGUAGGUACUAGUGACCGAGGAGGCUUGUAUAACAAUAAAGCAUUAGUAGUAAAUCGUUUCAAGGUUUGCUGGUUUGGAAUUCCAUUCAGGUGAACAAAUUUGCAUGGUUUUCAGAUUUUCGUGGCAUAUUAAAUAUGCAAACGCUGAUCCUGAAAAAUACGCCCGCGGCGGACGCUGUCGCACGGUCUGUAACAAAGCACUAUGAAAGACAAAUUAUGAUCCCACGUAUUCCAAGGGAGUAGUCCAUACGUUGCCUUUUUUCCUGUUGUCAUUUCCAAACUAAUUCAAGCGCUAAAAAGCGGAGUGCAAAAAGUGGUGGGCGAGCGAUUGUUUGCAGUUGUUCUCGCUGCCGAGUGAAACCCGCUGUUCCACCUGUACGCUGCACUGCCUUGAAAAGAAAGUCAAGAAAAAACAUAUUUACUCCCAGGCGUAGCGGAAAAACAGCAUGAAAAGUGGCAAGCUGUGGUGACGUACACAUAGUAGGGGUAGUUAACGUAAGCGCAGCAUAAAACCAUGCGCUUGUCAUUCGACACUGGAGGAAUCAAGGUGUUUGGUUUGUGGAAAUUAUGUAGAUUGUCUUGUCUUGCUGUUUACUAGGUUUCAACUAGGCUAAAGCGUAUCAUGAUCUUGCGAUCACUUUUUACUUUGCUGUACCUGACAAAAUUGAUAAAAGGUAUAAAUAUCGAUUUUACGAGCAAUCUUGAUAAUCUUACCUGGCUUCUUUAUUCAUAUUUUUUACCUUGUUAGCCAAGAGCGAAUCAGAACCAUUCUGCAACGUCCGUCUGUUUCGCCCUGUUUGCAGUUGACUAAAUUAACAGGUUGGUAUAUAAUGUCGUCAUUGCCAGUGUUAUCUCAGUUUGGGCCUUUAUGCUGCCUGGUCGUUUUCAAAGCGGCAGGGAUAUACUGCGGCACGAGUCUGAUGUAUUGAACAACCGGAUACAACGUACUGACCCAAAAUGAAGACUUGCGCGAGCAGAAAAUAGGCCCUUUACUCCGAUGUAAAUAACAACAUGACUGAAUGGAUAGUAGAAAUGUUGGUCCCUAGUCAACAACCACAACACCAACGAGAGGGGGGAUGCAAGCUGUUGCUGAUGCUAUUGUUCACCUUUUUAUAGAGGUUUAUCCUCUCGCGGAUUAACCUUUCAAUCAGUCGGUGUCGAAAAAGUGCACACUCGCUUUAGCUGAAAGCAUUACGUGACUCGUUCUCAGUCAGCGGUUAUCUAGCUGGACAGUGGCCAAUUUUGCAUAGACUGGAAGGUAAAUUGAUAAAUAAGAAACUAAGAGGUCAGUUUAUGCAGGAUUUGAAAUUAUAAAUUUUGAAUUAUGGAUAGUAUAUGUUGUAAAUAUAAGUAUUUUAUGGUGGACAAAUAAUCAUCAAAAUGUACAAAACAAUGAAUAAAUUGCUCCAAACUACAACCGUAGCGGGAUCGAGUGACUAGGUUACGAGAGCAUAUAUUUUCGUUGGCCUUUUCAAGGGAUUAUGUUGUCAUCAGCAGUGUCAUGUUUACAUAUUAUUUAUCAUAGUGUGAUGCUGCGAUGCUUUGACACUCAAGGGGAACUAAGGAUAAGUAGAUGGCUGUUAUCUAAAUAACGGUGCUUUGUUUCCGCCCGAAGAAUGCUUUCACAGUCGUUGGAAGCUGAAAUUGGAUCGAGGCCGCAGCAGAGUUUUCUUUUAUGUCAUUGUACAGAACGAGGACUACGCCUGACCGCAUCAUUCGUUUCAUUUUUUAUAGCAUAUAGCAUCGCAUGGAAAACGUUGAAUUCUUCUCCAAUAUUUGAUUUUGUAUGCAGUAUUUUUUGUUUGAGGACGACUGUGACCUGUGGCACCAACUCUCAGAUUACACUAUUAUCAGUUAUGUUAUAACCAGGAAUGGUAUUCUUUUCUCUUGAGUCCCAAAAAUACGUCGCAAACUUUAUUCUACGUUCUCGAUCCACCUAACCGCAACUUUGGCUAAAAAUAUUCAGAGUUGCGAUAGUGAUAGCUCGAUAAUAUUCGCUCGUUCCCGGCAAGAAAAUACCUAGAUUCGGCAAAAGGUCAAAGUGUAUUUCUCGUAUUUGUUAUCAAAAUACAUUAAAAUACUGCAAUAAUGUAAUUGAGUUUGUCGUGUAAAGUUUCAAAAUAAUGAUCAUACGCAGAAUACAAUACAUUACCGCCAAAAUUUAAAAAAAAAGCUGCAAACAGGAAAAAAUUCGUCAAAUUUAGUUGUAUUGACAGAAUCAAGACGUGUUAAUAAAUUUCGAUAAAAGCUUUAGUUACGAGUGGAUCCACUAUUAUUUGAUUCCAUUCCUAGUUUAAAAAAAAAACGAAGAUAUGACGUUUGUUAAACAUUAGUAAGCGUAACUUUUUCGUAAGCUGACAACGCGACUUUUUAAUCGGAGUGUUAGGUUUUACUUCCUCACUUCGUAACUAAAAAGGCUGUCUACUCUCGUUUUCCUCGAUGAUUGCUCUACAACAGAUUCAAUAAACAAUUGUUCUCGGGAUUCGAAAGGCUGGGUAAAAAACUUUUUUAUCUGGGGAUUUUUUACCCGGUAAAUCGAAAAGGUUUCUUUUUUAGUUCAAGCUGAAACAACUAUAAUAGUAAUAAAAGCCCAGGAAGCGAUCCAAAGGAUGCUGGUUAUCUCACAAACAAAAGCUUUUUAUCAUUCAUCGUUGAUUGAUCCAUGACUUUUUCCAUCACCUCAAGAAGCGUCCUCUAAGCACGCUAGAUUUAUAAACCAGGUGGCUUCAGACAUAUGCGAGAACCUAGUUUUCGGCAACUAUUUUGUACUAUAUCUAGUAUGGAAAUGGCUCGGUUUAUAAGAACCUUUGCAGUCCUUUAAAAGUGCUAGUGCUUUAAUUCCAUUUUCAUGAUUUGGCUAACGGUGAAACGGAGUGUAAAUGCAAUAUUCCAAGAUAAAAUUCUGUUUCUGUCCGUGGGAACUGACUUUAAAAAGUUUCAGUAUUGUGCAGAAAAACAGGUACUAAAUUUCAAUUUGGAAUUUAACCUUCUAUAUAUCGGUCCUGCAACUAACUGUUUGUUUACUGAAGAAUUGCGUGGCAGCGUUUCGAUUCAAUUGACAGGUAGGUGCAAAAACCUGUUAAAAAAACCACUGCCGAAGACGUUCGACACCCCGUUUAGUCUCGUAAACUUGCUCAGACAAUCUGCUGUGUUUACCAGUUUGCGACCAACGGAACUCGUCUACUCGUAACUUUGGGAGGUUAGUUACUUUAUAUAGUUGUGUUACCCUACUGAACAACAGAAACUGACAUUGAUCAAUGGUUACGUGAGGUAAAUGUUGGUAAGGAGGAGGGUGAUAUGAUAGGAAUGCAACUGAAGAACCGAAAACGAGACCAAAUCUCUUAUUUUAAGUAUCGAUACCCAUCGAUGGAAGGGACGCAUUUUACACUCAAAACUUUAGUACACUUAUACCAUACAUACCUGCUUUUGGUGAAGAAUUAUUUCGGUCUCGCUUGUAUACAAAACCGAAAAGCAAAUUGAAACCCGAAUAUCUUGGCUAAGGGAGCAUACAUAAAUAACUUAGCUUUUUAUUCAUGAUUUUUAAAAAAGCCCCCCCCCCUCCUCCCUCGUAACAUUUGGCCACAAAAUCUCAAACCCCUGAAAAAAAACGUAGCAUUAGAUGGACCCCCCCCCCCCCCGUUAUAGGAAAAACGUACAAAAAAACAAACUGUAACAUUUGAGAAAAAAGAUAUUUGAAAUAAAGCACCGUGUUAAACUCAAUUUAUUUAGCACUCAUACAUUUGUGACAUGUCGGUAGAAAACACAAAAAAUAUUCACGAAUUCGCCAAAAAAAUAAAUCACUGCACUUACCAGCUUUGAAAACAAGCGAGUACCUUGUAAUAGCGAUUGUUUAUGUGCUAGGACGAUAUCCAUAAAUUACGUAAGGAGCCAUCCACAUACCACGUGGACAGAUUUUUAACGAUUUUGCCCCCCCCUCCCCCUCCGUGGACAACUGCCUAUAUAAAUUUUGAAAAAAUUGUAUGGACCGUGGACAUUAGCCAACCUCCCCCCCCCCCCCCUAAAGCUGUCAACGUGGUAUGUGCAUGGCCCCUUACUUAAAAACCUAAUUUUUGGACCGCCACCCCACCAUAUGUAACGAAACGUAACGCCAACACGUACCCCCCAUAAAAAUUACGUAACGAUGUAGCGGAAUUUGCUUAAUAAAAAUGCUCGUUUUAGGAGAGCCCCUCCAGAGAUUUUUUGUUAAGGUGAAACGGGAUUGUGGCCUUUUCCUAUACAAUUUUGAGGUUAGAGUUCUUUUCACUUCUGUAUUUUGAUCGUAAAAAAAUUCGGCUUCCACUAAAUAAACAGCACUUAAAUUGCUACUUCAGGCAUGCAACAGUUGUGAAAACAAUUGAUCAAAGUUUCAUGUACGUAGUCUUCAUAAAUCAAGAAAAAAUUAGAUUGCAAAUUCGAGUUGAUUGCGACCACGUCCCGAUUCACCUUAAAGGGUGUCCACGAUGAAAUUGCCACACCAUGAAAUUGCUCUAACUUUUUAACUGUGGGUAGAAUUUAAUGAAAAUUUGGGUGGAUUUAGUUCAUAGUGCAUUAUUUACAUCCUGCAAGUUUUAAAGUCCUGUGAUCAAAACUCGCGGCAAUGGAGUCGAAAGAACAGCUCGUGCGUGAUAAACUCUUGCGCAUUCAUCACGAGAAUAAGGAUCUCUCGCAUCGUUCCAUCGCUUAAACGUUGGGAAUCGCGAAUUCCACGGUGUCGCGAGUGAUUAAGCGGUUCGAGGAACGAUUGACCACCAACCGGAAGCCCAGAAGUGAAGGAAAAAGUAUCCCGUACAACACCAAAAAUCACAACCGCGUAGUUGGGGCCUUCAACCGAAACCCGAACGCCUUCGUUCGGGAUGUGGCUAAGAAGCUGCACCUAAGCCGAAGUUUUGUCCAGAAGGCCAAAACUAAAGCCUGUAUCAGACUAACCGUUGCAGCGGUCAACCGCUACCGUUCCGUUCUUUUACGACCAAUCAGAACACAGCGGUUUGGUCGUAAAAGAACGGAACGGUUUACAUAAGAAAUGCUACAUUUAAGGUAUCCAGCCCAGCGGCUUUCAAUUAGUGGGAAUUAAGAUUCAUUUUUGCCAGUGUGCGUUGGUCGAAAAUCGACAUCGCCAACCAGCGUUGCCGGUGCUAUCAAUGUUUUGACUGGCUGUCGUGUGUGCCAAAAAGAGAAGCACACAUUUUCAUUUGUCAAGUCUCUAUAAGUGAUCUUGUGUAGGUGUGAAGAGAUUCGUUUGCCUUCGCCAUGCCAAUGACAGCAGCCGGCAACCGUUGGGAACGGUUGGCGGCAAAAAAAGAAAAGAUUCUAUUUUUUGCAACCGCAAGCGACGGUCGACCGCUGUGUUCUGAUUGGUCGAAAAAGAACGGAGCGGUAGCGGUUGACCGCUGCAACGGUUAGUCUGAUACAGGCUUAAGGCUGGGCUUCGAACGUUCAAGGUACAAAAGGCACCUAAUCGCGACGAGAAGCAGAACAAGUCCGCCAAAACCCGUGCCAGGAAGUUGUGCCUCAACAUGCUAACGAAAGUUGAAUGCUGCAUCAUGGACGACGAAACAUUAGUGAAGGCCGACUUCAAACAGAUCCCCGGCAACCUGUUUUUCACGGCCAAGGAUAAGUUCAGCGUUCCGGAGCAUGUCCGCACUCAGAAGAUGUCCAAAUUUGCGAAGAAAUUCCUGGUUUGGCAAGCCAUCUGCACGGGCGGGAAGCGGAGUGCACCUUUCGUGACCCAGGACACGAUGAACGGACAGGUGUACAUGAAAGAGUGCCUCCAGAAGCGGCUGCUUCCUCUACUUAAGGCCCACAACGUCCCAACAAUCUUCUGGCCGAAUUUGGCCUCAUGCCACUACUCCAAGGACAUGCUGAAGUGGUAUGCGGACAAUAAGGUCAAUUUCGUGCCGAAAAUGUUCAACCCUCCCAACACUCCGGAGCUCCACCCCAUCGAAAAGUACUGGGCGAUCAUGAAGCAGCACCUUCUUAAACAACCUAAGGUAGUGAAGACAGUCGAGGAACUGAAGAAAGUAUGGGUUUACAUGCAAAAAACGGUUGAUUCACAGGUUGUGCACAAUCUUAUGGCCGGGGUUGAGGCCAAGGUGCGAACAUUUGCGUAUGGACUGUAAAUAAAAUACGAGUAAAAUGGUAAAAUGAAGUUUAAUAGUUAUUUUUCAAUCCCUGAAAAUUUGAUGGCAAUUGGAUGAAAACUCGAAUUUUGCGAAUCAAUUUCGUGUGUGGCAAUUUCAUCGUGGACACCCUUUACGUAACGCAGAGCUUAACCCCCCCUCCCCUAUGUAACAAAUCGUAACGCUCAAGAAUAACCCCCCUCCCUCCUAUGAGCUUUAUGUAAUUCAUGGAUACCACUUAGAAGAGCUUUCAGAAGAUUGCUGUAUGCCACAGAGAAAAACGUUUCGACAGCUCCCGCUGCAGAGCUAGGUGCGAUGUUCGAGUGUAUUUUUAGUGUACAUUUUUUCUGCAGAAAAAAUGGUCUUUCAAGAAAAAGAAGUUACUCCGAUUUCAAACCAACCCCUCCCCCUUGUUCCUGCUUUUUAGGUAAUUCAACUAACUGGUUGAAAUGGUGUCAACAGUCGCGGGGUCAGGGCCGGCGUCACAUUUUUUUCCCGAGUGGGUAGUAAGGAAUGGGAAAGGUUCAUGGGUAACAAAGGCUUUGCCGGGGGGGAGGGAUGGGGUUGACCUUCUGAUACCUGAACAAAAUUUUACGAAAAGUCGACAGUGCAUCAACAAUAGAGUGCCAGUGGAAUGUUUAAGAGAAAUUAGGUUUUUGAAUUUCGUUCAGUAGUCAUGUUUCCCAUUAAUUUCCCAUGAAAGGCAAUUAUGUAGGCUCAUUUGCAAAACAAAUUCCACGCCCUUGCGAGUGGCUUUCCGAGAGUUUACCGGAACAUUCGCCAUGGUGGACAUGCGUGUAGGCAUGUUUUUGAGUUCUUUCUUCGUUCUAUUUAUCAAUUACUCCUCAAUUUUCGCGUCAAGAUUGUUGAGGUAGGUCUCACGCUUCUGAUUUGUCCAGAAACUCUGGAAGAGAUGCAGCUGGGGAACGUUAGGUGGGUUGGCCGACCUGGGUACCACAUCGAUUUUCAGCCGCUCCAUCUCCUCCAACGAUUGCUUCGAGUAGUGACCGACACCAGAUCGGGCCAGAGCACCGCGUCUUCGCCCCUACGGUAUUUCUUGAUAAACGACGCAACUUCUGGCAGGCACUUCGUACUAUAAAUUUCCCCGUUCACGGCCAGUACGGAGCUUCUCGCUGAUUGUCAGCCACAGCAGCACCUUCUUUGGGAAUUUGGUGUGUGAAAUGAAUUUCACCACAGAGGUCACUUCCUUCGUGGGUAAAGUAAAAUAUGGAGUGCCCUGCCAGUUAUUGUUAUCCAGGGUGAGAUAGGUCUCGGCGUGGACCACCAUCAUCACGUCGCGAUUCGCCGGAAAAAUCGACUCGACCAUCGAGCAACUCUGAAACCAAUGAACGGGACUUCCGCUUUCUGAUGUCCAUGUUCGCCAGGUACUUUUCCACUGUUUGGCCGGUUGAACCGAUCUGCCGAUCAAGCGUACGCAGCGAUGUAGCCACUUCCCCUCGGUUUUCCUCUUCAGCAUUUUUUGGAGCUUCAUGUCGCUCAGGGUCGUCGGCCGUCCGGAACCGGUCUUUCUUUCGAUGCUCUGAUUGUAGUCCAGCAGUGCCAAGAUGUUGUAGAUACCGGAACAAGCGUAACCGGCGUCCCUUUUCCGCACGAAGUCUGUUUUCGACGCGACGGGGUAACUUUCUUUGAUCGUGCACACUUCUGAACAGAGUAGCUUCACUGUUUUCGCCAUUAUGGUUAGAGUUUGAGUCAAUUUUUUUCUGCUGACUCAUGGGUUACUAUGAUUGAUGCUUCAUGGGUAGUUUCGUCAGUGCGUGUGAAGGUAAACUCAUGAAAAAUCGGCCUUUUUUGAGCAUUUUUUUCAAUGCUAACGUUAAGACUCAACAAUUUUGUCUUCUCGAAAAAAGUUUCCAUCCAAAAUUUGAGCUUAAUCGAACUUCUGAGAGUGUUUCACUUACAAUCGUGAAAGUCUUACAUUUUUGAACAACCUAAAAAUGCACAAGAGCAGUUCUUGAAGUUUCAGAAAUCAAUUUUUUAUAGCAAAUCUCUUAGGAAUGCUUGAAAUGUCGAAAACUGAACUUUAGAACUCUAUCGUGAAUGAAAUUCAGAACUCUAUCGUAAAUGAAACAAUUAAAAAAAAAUCCUUUCCUCUGAGUAACGUUACAACUGUACAUAAGUCUGUAGAUUUAUAACCUCUCGCUUAACAAUAUCCAUCAAAAAAUCUGUCGCUCGCAACAGUACUUUUUUCUGGUUUUGUCCAAUAGUUCCGUGUGGGUAAGUACCCACAAGGAUGUUCUCCGAGUGGGUACUACUACCCAUACUACCCACAUGAAAAGCCGGCCCUGCGCGGGGUUUACGAUCCAAAACAAAACUGUUAAGUAAUGUUUGAAUGGUUGAGAGAUUUUUAGUUUAAGUUUUUCUAGAGAUGUUGAUUGUGAAUUGUCAUUGAAUUUCCGCCUAAAAAAUCUAUUGAGUGCGGUUCUGCCAUAACUUGAUUUUAAUAGAUUUGGGAUCACCUUUGAAACAAAAACAAAUAGAUUUUUGUUACAAAUUCGAACGAUUGGAGUGAACUGUUCAAACCAGUGCAUCGUUUUAAAAUCAAUGUAUGACAGAACAGCGAAAAAUAAACGCGAAAGCACCGGCACCGAUUUGCUGUAGAGUAUUGUUCGAAAUGGCAUAUCUGUUCUGUGUUUUCAUAUUUCUAUUGGGCUUAUUGCCAUCUCUUCAAUGGGAGUUGACAGUAUAUAUGACAAAAAGACCAUGUAGCCGAUAAUUUAUUGUGAAUAAUGUUUUGCAAUGCAGUGCUGCUAGAACAUUUCAAAACAUCAAAAAUAUAUUCUAUAUUCGAGCAAUUUUCAAUUAUUCAAAAAACAAGUUUAUACUAAUAAAAAUCCAAUUUUAGCGCUAUCAAUCUUUGAAUACAAUGUACUUAUAAAAUAGUAGAAUGGGAUAGUAUAGGACGAUGGAAAUCCUCUGUUAUUUGUUCAGUUCAGUUGCGUUUCAUUACUGUUGACGACUAGAUAUUUACAUGAGCGUAAAUGUUUUAAAGACUAACAACAGCAGCAAAAUUCAAAAGGUAUUUGGGCUCAGAAAACGUCACCCAUCAGCGCACCCUUUCUAAAUGUGUUGGAAAACUGUGACACUCUAUCCGUGAGUUUCACCCUCAAUCAUGAGAAACGACGAUUAUAUAUCUCCUGCCUUCAAUUUAUGCUUUAUGUUCCAGCCGGGGCGAAAAGAGGAUGGGAGUAAAGUCACGGAAACUUUACUUCUCAUACACACACCAUUAAUGAUCAACUUUGCGUUUCACAUCUUAAAUGUUCCAAUUCCAUGUUAUGUCAAAUGAAAACAAACUAAAAAGUAUGAACUAUAUCGUGCAGGAACUAUGCUAAUGGAAUUACAUUUCAUCGUACUUUCGAAAAACAUUUUACAAGUUUGAUACGGUUGUUUCAUAUGGUUAUUUUUCCAGGAAGUGAAAUAUUGUUCUAAAGUUGAAAAGAAAAAUUUUAAAAUCCAAAUCAAAAAUGAUUGUGAAGCGUUGUAUGCAAAUGUUUGCAGUUCGCAGUGAAGAUAACAAUUUCAUGCCACCUCGGAAUAUAUGCGAUGAAUUCACAUACUGCGCUCUCGUAAUCAAGAUCAAAUUAUAAUUACUGGAUCGGAAAAAAACAUAAUAAAACAUCUAUCAAUAUUUCGUUUAACAAAAUCAUGGCAAUACUAUAUUGCCUCUUUCUUCCUGCGUCCAGUUUGUAGAGUGUUGAGCUUAAAAAUGUUCUAUAACAACCUCCAUUAGCGAAUGUCAUUGGCUGUCAAUAAAUUUUCUUCUCCUGUUGUACUUGGCUCCUCGAGGAAGACAUUCUCCUCCGGUUCAAACCAUCGCGUUUUUCCUGAGCUUUAGCUGGAAAUAGCGUGACAAUAUCCAGCGAUAGUGUUACAUUGUAAGAUCUUUUACGUAUAUAAAAGAAAAAGAAUUGAGGGUUGGCCAUACUAGUAAAAUUCAGAUUUUCCUCGGUCGAAGGUUUAAGCUCGUCCGCAUUAUCCCACCACAUUCUCUGAGGUUGUUUAUUUUAAGUGGCAAAGGCGUUCACAAGACGUUAAGUUUUUCCUUUCGGAGUAUUUGCAUUGAAUAAACAUUAGUGCAGUGUUUUUACUUAUUUAGUUACCUUUUACCGUACGAGUCCCGAUUUAUUACACGUACGAGACAGGGAUAGAAGCUCCAAGUGAAGAGACAAGGAGCACUAGUCCAUGGCAAUAGCAACUGCACAGCACGAUGGUUAUCGGAAGUCAAAGCACGAAUUACGUUUGAAUAAAUUCAUGCUUCAGAACUGAAUGCUAUGAAGCAUAAAAUAAACAAAGGCAAAAAAAAAACAGCAACCAACUAAAAAGCAAUAUAUCAGAUGCAUAUUAAGUUUUUCUUUCUAUUCACGAUAAAACUGAACACCCGAAGAAUUGCGAUUGAGCGAUAGCAUUUGAUUUAUACCGAAACUAAAAGUAAUUGUAGUCUAACGUAAGAAGUUGUCGAAAAAGUACACCGAUCUAGUGAAGACAGUUUCAAACUGAAGCAGAUGAGAAUGUGUUCAUUGAAAUCCUUUCUAUCAGCUUAUUGGAUACAUAUCAUGAAUCAGCUGAAUCAGAAACUUGAAUUGUGAUCAUAUAUUGAGAAUAAGGUGCAACAUUGAAAGAAACCCGUUAGUGAAUAUCUAACAAACAGUCCAAACACUGAAAAUAAUUUAGCCCAAAUUACGAAAGCUGUAAUGGUAACGUUAUGUUAUUCUGGAGUAAGCGUAAAAUAUAUUUAUAUAUGUACAAGUUUAAUAAUGGAAUGUUAUGCAGUCAACUUUAUUUCAAAUAUGUUUUUUUUUAACUAAUGCUGUUAGUACCAUAAGCUAGCCAUUACUCUUAAGAAACUGACGAAUGCAGAAUGCUUUUAUUAUUUGAUUGAUUCGACGAGGUAAUUUUGUUUGAAAGGAAACGAAAAUCCUCGUUUAAUGUUCUUUGAAUUUGAAUACUCAUUGAGAUAACUUUGAAACCGACAAUGAAAGUACAGGAUAGCUGCACAAAUAGUGACUUUUGCUCUACUAGCCAUCCAAGAUUCGAUCAUACGAUGGCUGGCUUGUUAAACCAGUAUCGCGAGGCGAACACUGGGAUAUUUUAGUUAGCAUGAAGUUCGAAAAAUUUAUUCACAGCAAGAAUCAGAUAUUUAUUCGUGUAUACCAAGUCUAGAACCUGGGAGAUUGUCUAGUAGUAUCGUGGAAGAACCAGUUUUAAGUCUGGUAAGAAAGUACUAGUAAGAAAACAUCGUUGUACGGUGCUUGGCUCCAGUAGAAAAGUAAAGCAUUGACAAACACAUUGACAGUUUGUUACUGUAUUUUAAAGAAAAUAGAUUUUAUUUCAUCUAUUGAAAACACGAAAAAAAUUGUACCAUUCUAACAAAAAAAAAAAAAACUAGAGUCUGUCGAUCACUUAGCAAAAAAUAUGCAUUUAUAUAUGCAUUGAAAUUAUUAGGAAAUAAUAGGACGAUUAAACAAAAUAUAUGAAACCAGUAUGAUUUAUGUUUAGAUACGCUAACUCGAAACAGACAGAGGCUUCAAUUUUCAUUGCGUAAUAACUAAUAUCCAUUCCUGAAAGGUACUACUAGCCUCUGAAAAAUUCACCGGCGAACGAUUAACACUAUCAAUCAAUUCGUCACCAAAAUCUGCACACAGUCUGCGAUAUUUAAAACAUCUGCGGAUACUUAAAAUAUAUCUGUUGAUUUUCUCUUAGACAGAUGAACAGAAUAUAACUUUCUGAAAUAGACUUGCAAAAUAGUAUAGUUUCUUUGACAGAAAGAUCCACGAUACUGGCUUGGCAAACAACAAACAGUUACUUAUUGUGCAGGCUUAUGUCUCAUGCACAAAUAUUAGCAAUUUUUCACAAUCUCCCGUGCAGAACUUGUAAGACUUAUUCUUCAAUUACCUGUCCAUCCAAUCUAAACAACUAUGCAAAUAAGGUUUGCGAUAUUAGAUUUUCUAGGAUUAGUUUUUGACUGUGUCUAAUGAGAAUAAAUCGCGAACAAGUACCUUUCAAUCGUGACGGAAAAUGGCAUAUAACAAAUUCGGUAAUUUUUGCAUGCAGAAAAUAACUAAAGGAGAUCCAAAGCAGGAAUUUUUGCUACACAAAUCUGAUCUAGCAGCAAAACUAUGUUUUUUUUUAAAUCGUAAGUUUGGCGUUUAUUUUAAACAAACGCGUUCUUAAAUGAUGAGACAUAUCAUUUUUUCACCACAGAUAUCUAAGUCAUAUAUUUCUCCUAGAAAAAGCAGCAGACAAGCUGUUAAAAACAAAAAAAAAACAAAAUCUAUCAAGCGACAUAUCGUAGUUGAAAAUAUCUCUUUCGAAUGAUAAAACACUAUUUUUGAUGUCGUACUUAUUAAAACAAACUAGGAGAAUAGACUAGAUUUAGAACCGAAACGCAGUAAGAAAUAGUAUUAUGAAAAUUCCAGAAACCAAAACAUAUCAUGUACUACAGAUAAGAAAAUUAGCGUAGCAUUUAUAAGACAGUAUUUGAAAAACAAAACUGAAGACGAGCGGUGAUAGAAUCCAAUCAAUCAACAACAGAAAACAUAUAAAAUAAUAGAUCAAUACAAAUUGAACAGCAAAUCUUAGGUUGGCAUCUGUACAAGGCUUGUCUAACUAAUUUCCAUUAUCAGCCCGUACUGACAUAAACCUACGGCAGGUUUUUCCUGCUCCAACAUCGACAGCAUGUUUGUUAUUGGUUUUUAUGGUUUUUAAAAACAGUGUACAUGUGUACUUUUCAUGAAAAUCCCUAACAGUAACAAUUACAUAUCAUAACGACUAAAAUCCUGAUUACAAGGAAACUUAUAUGAAAAACAUUCAACAACUAUGCAUUGAUAGGACUAAGGGAAUAUAUACAUAUAUACAAAUACUAUUGUAAAUAUCGCGAGUCGCGAAUAAAGCGAGUUACUAUGCACGUAUUCGAUGGCAUAAAAUAAACAUAUUUAUAUAUAGCCUUAUAUUUUGACGAUGCAAAGCAACACGGAGAGUUUUAACGGAUUAUUUAUUGUAAAAUAUUUAAAUUUAAGGUAUUUGCGAUAACUGCGCGUGUGCGAAUACUGAGUGAACAAAUUGGGUAUUAACGAAAUUUUAGUGAACUAUAGGUUUUAGGACUAAGUGCGUGUUAUUUUAUCAUUCAUUCAUAUUGAAUAGAGAAAAUCGAAAUUUGAGCAAAAAGUCAUUUAGCUAAGUAUUUCCUUUUACAGCAAUGAACGAACUUUCAAUUUAAAUGAAAAGAGAAGAAUUUUAGAUAUGUAUUAGGAUUACGAAGGUAUCUGACAUCCAAGUUUGAGUAUACAAGAGAAGUGUGUGUUGUGGAUGCAAAACUAUUUAUUUAUCAGAUUACGUUGUACGAACUUUCUAGCAAAAUGCCCCAAUAAUUAGUUAUAGUAGAUGAAAUUGCAAUUGAAGCAAAUAAGAGUUAAUAAUCAAACAACGAUCAUUUUUAUACGUUGAGAGUGUGUAUUUUAUCGUUCUGACUUUAAUUAAGACAGAUAAAUAAUAUAAUCUUCGCAAAAACCUUUUCUAUUAUAUUUGAAACAGUUAGAGCUUUAUGCGAAUAGUUGCUUCCCGAAAUUCAAAUUGAACUAGAAUACUUUGUUUUGUUUUUAAUUAUAUUGAAUGUUAUUUGUAGCAGAAAGUCAAUUGUUGAUUGGUACGCACAUUUGUUACUCAUUGCGUUGAUACAGUGGUUUUUAAAGUAACUUUAACCGAACUGAACAAUAUAGUCUCGUUUUACUUAAGCAAUAAUUUAUUAUUGUUUUCACAUUAUGAAUAGAAGCAAAAGUAAUAACUAAAUGUAUGAACUAAAACAUCAACUAUACUUAUGUCAUUGUUUCUGAAAUGGAUCCAACUACGAAAUUAAUUGUUAUGUUAUCAAUACCAAACAAGAUACAGAAAAUCAUCCAGAAUAUGUAAUUGAUACAUGUUCGUACAUGGUUACUUUAUUGGUUUCUACAUAAUAUAAUUUUUGAAAGGUUUUCUGUAGGUAUUUUCAAAAUUCUCGAUAUAUCUACUUUUGUUUUAACAAUGAUUUCCUGAAAUGGGAUAUAUUGUAUCAACAUUUAUCAUACAAUCACUUAAGCCGUUUUUAUAUUAUCUGUUCAGAAUAUUUUAUACAUUCUAAAACGAAACGAAACUCAAUGAAAUGCACGACAUUGUAUUCCCAAUAUUUCCACGUUCUCUAAAUGUAUUUUCUGUGAACUUUUGUCAUCGUUAAUGUAUCAAAUAUACUCUUUAUCUCCUCAUCGAGCACUAGAUAUCGAAAAAAAAACUGAACGAUGGAAGCAGUAAUUCUAAUAAAAUCAGUACCAUAAAGGCACACAAAAUCAACUAUACUGUAAAAAUAAAAAUAAAAAACGGAAACUAUCGAUGCAAGAAGAAUUUCAUACUGACAAACGGAAAACCAUACAUAUCAUGUUUAAAAAAAUCUUUUACGACUCUAAAUUUAUCUACAUGCAUAGAUUACGAUAAGUUACUGUACCUCAGAGAAUGAGAUGAAGCAGAUGAAAAAUAACAUGGAAAGUGUUAAAAUAAAACAGGUGAAUGUAUUUUGAAAACUGAA